CCAGCAUGGGAAGCGCAGUGUCCAAGAGGAGGAACAUGAGGGGCGAUGCCAUCUCCUCGGCAGCAGCUAAGGUUAGAGCAGCAAGAGCCUUUGGGGAGUAUUUGUCACAGAGUCAGGCUGACGGUGAUCCCGGUAGCAAGCAUCUUCUGGCCGAGGCGUUCCUAGAACCCGACGACACGUCCCAGCUUCAGUCUCCGGUCUCGCAGAACAAGCGUAGGCUGUCUGUCACCUCGCACGGCAAGUUCGAGAGGAGCUUCUCUGACGAGCGGUCGGAAAGGUCGAGCGAGGGCCAGAAGCCCAGGGUGUACACCAUCUCCGGCGAGUCCCAGCUCCUGUCGGAGAGCGAGAACGAGGCGACGGGGAUGGGCAGCGAGCGGUCGGGGAAAUCGGGGCACCCACUGCACAGCUCCGGCAGCUCGCACAGCGUCAACAAGCACUGCAAGAGCUGGGCGGGGAGCAGGCAGAGCUCCAAGGACUGCUCCAGCUGCAGGAAAGCCGCCGUUUCCUCAAACCAUUCCUUCGACCUCGACCAUCUGCAGUCCCGUGAGGCGGCCCGGCACCGGAAAAAGCUGGAGCGGAUGUACAGCGUGGACAAAGUGUCCGAUGACGUUCCAAUCCGCACUUGGUUCCCGAAGGAAAACCUCUUCACUUUCCCCUCACCGACAACCACCAUGCAGGCGAUAUCCGCAUUCCGAGGCUACGCAGAGAGGAAGAGAAGGAAGCGCGAGAACGAAUCUGCUGCUGUGAUACAGAGAAAUUUCCGAAAGCACCUCCGAAUGGUCGGAAGUCGUAGAAUCAGAUUGCAAGGCUUUGCUGAGCGUCGUGAGAAGAGCUUCAGCCGCUCCUGGAGUGACCCCACCCCAAUAAAGUCCGACUUGUUGUGUGGCUCGAGAGAGAGUCAGGAGCUGCAGAGCUCGUGCAGCGCGUUAGACGACGAUUUCGAUGAUCUGACCUGGGAGGCGGAGAAGGAACUGGAGUCGCUGUCUUGCGAUGGAGAAGACUUUGUCUCGCCCAAGAUUAUGCUCAUUUCAUCCAAGGUGCCUAAGGCAGAGUACAUCCCGACGAUCAUUCGCAGAGACAACCCCUCCAUCAUUCCCAUCCUCUACGAUCAUGAACACGCUACAUUCGAUGACAUCUUAGAGGAGAUUGAGAAAAAGCUAAAUGCCUAUCGGAGGGGCUGCAAAAUCUGGAAAAUGCUGUUUUUCUGUCAGGGAGGUCCUGGCCAUUUGUACCUGCUGAAGAAUAAAGUCGCUACCUUUGCGAAGGUGGGGAAGGAGGAGGACCUCAUCCUAUUUUGGAAACGUCUGAGCAAGCUCAUGAGUAAGAUAAAUCCAGAGCCAAAUGUGAUUCAUAUAAUGGGGUGUUACAUCCUGGGAAACCCCAAUGGAGAGAAGCUCUUUAGGAGUCUGAAGACACUGAUGGCACCUCACCGGAUCUCCUUUGAGUCACCACUGGAGCUCUCGGCUCAAGGGAAGAGGAUGAUCGAGACGUACUUUGACUUUCGUCUCUAUAGACUCUGGAAGACCAAACAGCACUCAAAGCUGUUGGGCUAUGAUGAUGUUCUAUGAGCCAGAGGAAGGCACCACAUUGGAAUCACUUAAAACCCACUCUUCUCAGGAAGAAAAUCUCCUGAAUACUGGAGGCAAAGAGAUAAGAGGGUCUCCAGAGUGCUGGAGAGAAUGCAGAGGACAUUUCUGCCACAUCUUAUUUGGAUAAAGACUUUAAUGGAAGAUGUGGUAAUCAAACGGAGAAGAGAGGUUGGAGCCUUCGUCGCUUUGAGUAAGGAAGAAGCAAGAGUCUGCAUUUUUACUGCAGGGACAGAACAGUCCCAGGUCACCUCGAACCUCUGUUGCAAUACAUCAGGACAGCAGAGCUCAGGUGGUUUUUCAAGGUCAUUGAGCGAGGAUGUGAAAUAAUGGGUCAGUUGGUUGAGCCAAAUUGUGCCAAAACGGGUUGCGUUGUAGGUUUUGUCAACGGACAAUCCGCGGACUAGGCUUGGAUGAUGCUAGGGAUAUUCAAGGCCUUGUGUGCCUGGGAGAUGUUCUUGAGGAACAGUUGAAAUAAUAUAACUAAUGGGUUUUAUUAUUGAACGUACGCGGUUAGAUGUAACAGUUUUUUAAUCGAAUAGCGCAGUUGAUUGGUUAACAGUUUAUUCGACUAGUUAAGAGGAUGCCU